AUGGAUAACAUAUGGGUGGUCCCGUAUAACCCAAAGUUGUUAAUGAUGCUUAACUGUCAUAUGAAUGUUGAGGUUAGCUCGAGUAUAACCUCUGUGAAAUAUGUAUUUAAGUAUAUAUACAAGGGUCAUGACGAACAAGUUAUCAAUACUGAUCUAGAUGGACAACCUAUUGUUAUCGAUGAGAUAAAACAGUUUCACGAUGCACGAUAUGUCUCGCCUCCCGAGGCAAUAUGGAGGAUUUUUAGCUUCCCUCUUUCGCGAUAUACACCUUUGUGUGAUGUAUUUGCAGGUACAUCUCCCAAAUCAGCAGAUGGUUAG